AAAAGGCUUGCAAGAAGCGUCUGAGGGAAGCUCCAUGGAAAUGUGUGAGAGGAAUCCUUUAAAUCCGGGCUAUGUUGGUUCUCUGUUGAAUUUUGCUCCCCCCGACUCGCUGUAUUUCUCCAAUUUGCGCGGCAAUGGAGCCCACAUAGCCGGGCUGCAUCAGAUUCCUUAUAAUAGGCGAGAGGUGUGCACGCUCCCGUGGACUUCCUCAAGUUCGUGCACGCCCGGACCGGCAGCGCCGCCGCCACAGAACCGCGCCUUCGGGGGCUACUGUCCGCCGUUCCUGUCCAGCUCCAGCUCCGGCGGCCACGUCAAGCCUCACGCGGAGGAGUCCGCUCGGUGCUUUCAGGACGCGAGCCACAAGACCGAGGAGCCUGGCCGGCAGGAUGACGUUUACGGCGGUGACCGCACUUACUCCGACCCCGGCAGCCGGUCUCACGUUUCCACGGCCCAGAUUGAUGCGGAUUCGACGGAUCCACUUAAUGUAAACGGGACCAAACAGGAGCCGAAUCCUCUUCAUCCAUCAUCAAGCCACUCGUGCUCCAGGACUACUUUUGCUGAAGGUGUCCCAUGGUGCUCGUCGCACGUGAAGACCAGGAAGAAGAGGAAGCCUUACUCGAAGCCACAGCUGGCUGAACUUGAGAAUGAAUUUAUGGUCAAUGAAUUCAUAAACAGACAGAAACGAAAGGAGCUGUCUGACAGACUGGACCUGAGCGACCAACAGGUGAAAAUAUGGUUUCAGAACCGGCGGAUGAAGAAGAAGAGACUGAUGAUGCGAGAACAAGCGUUCCCUACGUACUGAUGACCUUUGGACUUGAUCGUGACCAGCGGCGCACAGAAAUAUGUUGCACUUGCGUGUUGCUGCACAUGACGAGCCCUUCGGGCUUCCGGCUUUGUCUUGGAUUGAAAAGUGUAAAAUAUGUCCAUGCCUGUCAUAUGUUAUUGGCAUCAUUUUAAUCCAAUCACAUCAAAUGUAGCAAAGUAAUUAUUAUUUAAAAAGCAGUGCAGAUGUUUUCCCGACAAGAGAUUCUACCCAGUUGGACAUCUUUAACUUCGAGAAUUCGACCUGAGGUGUUGCUCGUCCGUGCGGAUGAAGAUGAGCCUAUUCUUCCUCACAGCAAACGUCCGGCUCAUUGGAUGUGGCUCUAUGCAUUUGUUGCUUUGUAGGGUGGCCUGUGCAUGUAUGGGACACUACGUGUGGAAGCGAGCAGCCAAAUUAAUGUUUUGGGGCAGUUGAAUUUGAAAAGUUGAAAAAAAAAUCGGAAUACAAUAUAAAUGCAUGCAUAUCUAUUAAUUGCUGUUUUCGACUGAAUGCCUGAUUCACCCAGUUUGUAGGAGCUCCGUUAACACGAGCAUUGUUGCAUUUUGUUGUCGCCGCCUGCUCAUUCAAGUUCGUUUUAGGUAGAAGCAAGUGAGUUUGUGGAUGUGAAGACCUCGGAUGCUGUUAAAUCAGAAUUAUAACUGCAUUUCCAGCGGCCAAAUUCUCCGUCAUGCUUCAAAUGCCACUGUACAGUCAUUAAUAUUUUGCAUUCGACUGGACUGGACUCAUUUUAAAAUCAUUCCACGAAGCAUGUUAUUGUAAGAUUAAAAAAAAAUGUGAAAUAGAGCAGCAGUCUGUUUUACGCACGGGCAAGGUUUUGGUUUUCUAAUGCGGGCGCUGUUUUAAAUAAAGAACCUUUUUAAAUGAA